AUGUCUUCCGACGAUGCCUACAUGGACUUCCUGAAUAAGUCGAAUGCCGAUCACAGCGCUGGCCAAAAAGCCUCGACGCAAGGGGCCAAUACCCGGACUGUGGAUGAGAGCCUCAAGGUCCCGACUUCGCUGCAGAAGGUUGAGGCAUAUUAUGUCUCGGAGUCGGAUGAACCCUUUGAGCCUGUUGUUUUGCGGUUCAAGGGUGCUGCGAAGGGUGAAUGGCCUAGUGCUGAUGAUCUCUCCUCCCUGAUCUCGCCCGACACCGAUAUCUCAGGGCAGAUCUCGACCCUUGAUACAUCCUCCUUUGAUCCCCGGAACGAGUACAGCAAGGUCCUGCAGGCAGUGAGCAAAGCGGCCGAGGAGAGCAAAUCUGCUGAUAUCAAGGUUUAUCGUGUUGAGCGCAGUAGUACUACUGUGGAGUACUUUGUCCUGGCACUGGAUUCGGCUGAUGGGGGUCGAAUUGUUGGGCUGUUUGCCAAGAGUGUUGAGACUUGA